AUGUGGCUGUGGCUGGAUGGCCACAGUCUGCUCAUGUUCAUGCUGGUCUUCCUGGUGGUAGCUGAGUGUUUAAGGAACCGUCGGCCCAGCAGCUUUCCUCCAGGGCCCUGGGCGUUUCCUCUUGUGGGGAACAUCUUCUCUCUUGAUUUCAACAAUGCCCAUGAAGACAUGACCAAGUUAGCAACAAAGUAUGGGAAUGUGUACAGCCUUAAAAUGGGUCCCAAAUGGACGGUGGUGUUGAAUGGCCUCUACGCCCUGCAAGAAGGUCUACUCACUAAAGGAGACAUCUUGGCUGACCGCCCAGUACUUCCAAUCCAUACUGAUGUGCUGCCUGAACUGGGUAUUAUUUUUACUAAUGGACAUAUGUGGAAACAGCAAAGGCAAUUUUCCCUCUUCACACUCAAAUACUUGGGACUGGGCAAGAAAUCCCUGGAAUCUGCCAUAUUGGAUGAAUUUAUUUACAUGUCCAAGGAAAUUGCUCAUCAUAAAGGCAAACCAUUCAAUCCACACAUCAUCAUCAACAAUGCUGUCUCCAACAACAUCUGCACCAUGGUUUUUGGCCAUCGCUUUGAGUAUGAGGAUGAGAAAUUUGUGAAAUUGCUGAAAUUGUUUGACAGAGGGACUCAACUUGAAGGCUCCAUCUGGGCACAGCUGUACAAUGCAUUUCCCAUGGUGAUGAAGCAUUUGCCGGGGCCACACCACACUCUUCAACACAUUUAUGGUGAAGCAGUAGCCUUGAUGAAAACAGAAAUCAAAAAGCACAAGGAAGGCCGGGACCCUUCUGAGCCCAGAGAUUACAUCGACUGCUACAUGAAUGAGAUUCAAAGGGCCAAAGAGGACAGUGACGACAAUACUGGUUUUCACGAGGACAACUUGGCGAUGUGUUUGUUUGAUCUGUUUGUGGCUGGCACUGAGACCACAUCCACCACCCUGCGCUGGGCUUUGCUCUACAUGGCAAAGUACACUGGGAUUCAGGCAAAGGUCCAGGCUGAGAUUGAUGAUGUGAUUGGACAGUCCAGACAGCCAUCCAUGGAGGACAGAGCAAACUUGCCCUACACUGACGCUGUCAUCCACGAGAUCCAGAGGAUGGGAAACAUAGUUCCUCUCAGUUUGCCUCAUAUCACCAACAGGGACCUCCAACUGGGAGGCUACACAGUCCCAAAGGGUGUUAUAGUAAUUCCCAACUUGACCUCGGUGCUGUUUGACAAGAACGAGUGGGAGACGCCUUUCACCUUUAACCCAGGACACUUUCUAAACGAGGAGGGCAAGUUUGUGAAGCGAGCUGCUUUCAUCCCUUUCUCUGCUGGCAAGCGGGUGUGUCUUGGGGAGAACCUGGCCAGGAUGGAGCUCUUCCUCCUUUUCACCUCCUUCAUGCAGUGCUUCACUGUCUCCAUGCCUCCAGGGGUAAAGCCUGUGCUGAAGCCCCGUUUUGGCAUCACUCUUGCACCAAAGCCCUAUGAAAUCUGUGCCACCUUACGUGUGGUGUGA